AUGUCCCUCCGGUCUGCCAUUCUCAAGGCCACCAUCCCGCUCAUCCCAGAAGCGGGGUUCUCUCGCGCAGCGCUGAGUGCGGGACUCGCGUCUCUUCCUGCCUCUUCUUCUAAAGUGCAGGACGACGCGGGAAGGGAGGCCGUCAUCGACACUCUGUUCAGCGGCAACGCGGCAUCGGACGCACCGCGCGCACUCGUACAGGCCUGGGAGGAUGAGGGUCGGGCGAUCAUGCACAACGGAGUGAAGGGGGACGCGCUGGAGCGCCUCGUUACAGUCCUUGGGCGGCGGCUGGAGUGGAGCGCAAGUGUCGGCGAGCACCUCCUCGAUGCUCACGCCCUCCUCGUUGCACCCACUUCGUCGACUCCCCUACCCGCGCCGCUCCUCGCCCUCCUCGACCGCGUACCCUGCCCGCCCUUCCCCAUCAGCCGGGUCGUCGACCCGCUCCCACACUCCCCGACGCUCGGAUCGACAGGUGGCCGCCUGCCCUUGCCGGGGCUGCAUGCCGCCGCGCCGCUCAUGUACGCGUGGCGUGUGGCGGAUGAGGCUGUGUAUGCCGCGCAGCCGGACAAGGGGCGGCAGGGAGUGAUGCGUGAGCCGGCUGGCGCUGGGGUUGAGUGGUACUCUCACCGGGCGGGAUUGGCGCUGGCGUACCUCCAAGCUGAGGCAUACCUCCUCCAACCCAUCGACACGGCCACCAAGGCCCCCGCGCCCGGUUACAAUCCCCACCUGCCGACUGCACUCGCGUCCCUGCGCGACAGCCUGGGCCAGUACGCCACGGCGCGACGCAGUCUCGGACAGGCGGAGAGCGCGACUGAGUCUGCUAUUUCGUUCAUCGAGCUCAUGACCCGAAGUAUUGCGGGGAUCGUGCGGAGCCGGGGAUUCUAG